UUCUGCUUCAUGCCAUUAUUGUCGUUUGCAGUGUAAUCUUUGUAUCGUUUAAAUUCUUAGAAAUAUCUGUUAGCUCAUCAUCAUUUUUGUCUGGAUUCUGGAUGUUGAUAAAAUCGUAAUCACAUGGUGAAGCCUAUCAAAGAAUCGGAAAUGCCUGUGCCGUCCGAGACGAUGGCAGAAGUUAAACACCAAUUUGCUGAUUAUUGCAUUUCACUAGGGAAAACAGGUACCUUCAAUGGCUACAUCAGAGCGUCCAAGCUGCCUAGUGGUAGUCACAACCAAGAGGGUGGCAACGAAAAAACGGAAAGGUUCCUUCUCGAAAUUCCCUACGUGAAUGACAUCCUGCAUUGGUACAUUUUGUUUGACUCUCAAGAACCAGAAAGUCCACCUCAAUUUAUUUUCUGCAGAGCUACAGACACAAAGUAUGAGAGAUCAGAUGGAAGUUUUCUCAAAACGAUGGACUCUGAGGCACUAGAAAAGCUGUUGCCCAGUUUGGCCAACUGGGACAGUACCGAUCAGGAAGCCUUGGCCAAUGUUGUAGAGGAACUCCUGUUUGCCUUUAGAAAGUACCAAUUGAACGCAUUGAGAGAAAUGACAGACCAAUCUGUUGCCUUCAAAGUGAUCAAUCUGCUGGAGUCGCAAACGGUAGCCGAGAGUGACAUCGAACUGAUCAUUCGGGCGGGCAAUGAAGUGAACCUGCUGGUCCGCCUCGCAGUGGACAUGUCCAAAGUGCCUGAGCUUCUUCUACCGCCCCUGGAUAGACGGCAGCGGGAAAUUUUGGCCAGCGUGCUGUUUACGUUGGUUGGCGAUCGCCAGACGUCCAAGCUUGUGCUGUCUCCGAGAAUGCAGCUCAUCCUUGGACAGGAAAAAGACGUCAAAUUUCCAAACAUCCAGGCCGACCGCAAGCAGACGCUGCCAGAGUACGUGGAAAUGCUGAGGAAACAGCUGGACCGGAGAAUUGGAAUGGUGGUAGGUGGAGUGAAUCACAGGAAAAAUUUUCUGACUUCUCUCGUUGGCCUGAUGGGACGAGCACUAAUAGAAACGGACACGAAAAAUUUCACAAAGUCCACCUUCCUGCUCGAGUGGAACAACUUCUCCUUCCUGGUGCACUGCUGCGUGCCACUUACCUUCCCCUUCGAGAAACCUAUCUACAUCUUCCAGUCCAUCUACCACACCUGUAAGCAGCGUCCGUUCGCCUCGAAAUGCUCAGACUACCCCUACAGUCCCGACUGGCAGCACUUCGAGAUGGCUGACAGGGCUAAAACCUUCAUUCUGGAGUAUGUCAAAACUUUCCAGGCCGAGUCCAUCAGGGCAAAGUAAUUUUGAUCUCAAAUCUUCCCUUUGUGGAACGUGGACUUCUUGUCUUAGUCAUUAUUCAUUGAUUUAUUAAGCUAAUUGUAAGUAUUAAACACCAACAUUGUUGAAUUAAAUCAAAUUGUGCCGACUGAAUUGUUUGUAACGCUAAAAAAUUGAAGGAACAGUCUCAAAUUUUAAGAAUUACUAAUUUUUGGGGCAUACAGCACUUCAAUUGCCCAUUUUCCGCAAUAUUUCACAAGAAUUAGAAUUUCAUAUAUUUUCAAUAUUUUUUUUGUCUUGUCUUGGUAUAGGAACAAAGUAUAAGCAUUUGAAAUCAAAAUGAUAAUUUCCUCAGAUUGAUACGUCAGUUUUAAUAAAGAUAUAAAAGUCAUUGGCUGACUAAAAAUAGGUCUAAAUAGGCUGUUGUGUAAGUUUCCUACAUGAAAAAAUAAACAAUGACUUUAAUGUAUCAGUGUGAUCAUGAUGAUUAAAAAAGGACGUGUUCCGCUUUUUUAAAAAUAAAAUCACUACUAGGCUUCAA